AUGGCUGACGAAGUCGAUCUGUACAAAGAUGUGGAUAAAAUCCCCAAGUACGAAGCCUUCGAGCCAUUGAGUUCGACGUUUAAGGACGCGCAGAUAAAGACUUCCAGCGUGUCAAUUUAUGUUGGAAACUUGACUUGGUGGACGAGUGAUUUUGACUUGGAAAUGGCGAUUAGGCGACUGGGAGUGUACGACAUCUUGGACGUGUACAUCCACGAGAGCAGCAUAAACGGUCAGAGCAAGGGCUUUGCUCGCGUUGACGUUAAAAGCGAAGCGAGCGCGAAACAGGUGAUGGAGAAGCUCCCCCGCGGCGACCUCAACGGAGUCAGGCCAGUUGUAACGCCUGCCAAUGCCGUCACCCUAAAGGAAUUCAACGAAGCUUUCAACGACAAACUCUGCGAUAGAAAUCAAGAAAAGGUCAAAGAAAACGGAAAGAAACCGACCAACGGAGUUGUUCCCCGCCUAUGCCAUUCCCGAUGGCAAACGGUAAACUGA